AUGGCAGAGCCUCAACCCACUGAGCCACCCAGGCGUCCCAAUAAUAAACUUUAUGUGGGAACGGUUCCCUCGGCGAUAACUCCCCGCUUCGGCCACACUCGUCCCGGGGGCGCUCAAGAGCUCGGCGCGGGGCGGGGGGCGGGGGCGGGGGGAGGGCGGUGCCGCGGAGAAGAAGAAGGAGGAGGAGCCAGAGGAGGAAGUCUGGGGCCCGGUGGGCGCAAGCGGGCCAUGGUCCUGCAGCUGCCGCUGUUCCGGAGCGCGCGCCGGCCGAUCCUGGCGUCCGCGGAGGCUGCUCUCUGGGGUUUGAAGUCAAUAAAGGGAAGCUGCUAUAACUUUUGUACAGCUAUUUUUAAAGAUGUCACUUAUAAGGAACUUAAAAACCUCUUGAAUUCCAAAAAAAUUAUGUUAAUUGAUGUUAGAGAGCCAUGGGAAAUUGUCGAGUACGGGAAAAUUCCCGGGUCCGUCAACAUUCCACUGGGUGAGGUAGGUAAAGCUCUACAGAUGAACCCGAAAGACUUCAAAGAGAAGUACAACGAAGUAAAACCAUCCAAAUCAGACAGUCUGGUGUUUUCUUGUUUAGCCGGAGUGAGAAGCAAGAAGGCUUUGGACACGGCAGUAUCUCUGGGCUUUAACAGUGCUCAACACUAUGCUGGAGGAUGGAAGGAAUGGGCAACCUAUGAAUUUUCAGAGAAGAAACACGGAAAUUGAUUUUUGGAAUACAAGUUGGCACUUUUUGGGCACCUGGGUGGCUCAAUGGGUUAAGCCUUUGCCUUCGGCUCAGGUCCCCACAUCGGGCUCUCUACUCAGCAGGGAGCCUGCUUUCUCCUCUCUCUCUCUCUCUCUGACUGCCUGUCUGCCUACUUGUGAUCUCUCUCUGUCAAAUAAAUAAAUAAAUUCUUAAAAACAAACAAAAAAAGAAAA